AUGACGCUCGUCGAGUUCCUCGCUAACAAGCACAACCUACACGCCAGCAAGCACAAGCUCAUCACGGACUUUGCAAAGACGUUCGAGGAGGGAGUCGACAUUGGUGUGCAUCUUCGCAUCUAUGCUGCCCAGCUCGAGGCCAUUCAAGGGGCUGAGGGCGGUCGGUCUGUCGGCAAACAAAUCUUGAAACUCGUUGGCCUCUUCACCCUCACUGCUUUCAGCAAUGCGGGAGGUGGCGACGAGCGCGUGUUGUGGACGGCUGUCGCGCAUAUGCAGCGCACGGAGCCGAGUAUCGCGAACGUGGCGUAUAGCGGCGACGUUGACGCGAUUAAGAAGGAGGUCCGAAUCGCUAGAGUGAAUGCGCACCUAGACAUUAUCCUUGACCCCGACACCCUUCCUUUCGUAUUUUUGAGGUCGUGCCGCUACAUGGAGGACGCCUCACGGCCCCGCUUCACGCUUCUUGCCCAAAGUCUUAGCUCCAUGCACUUCGACUGGGGGGCAUUGAGUUAUGUUAUUCCGGAUCUAUUCAUUGACACAAUGGAAUACGCCUUCGUCUUUCACGUUGCGGCAGGCCUGGCUGGCGUUCCCGUAGGAGCCUACGUGCGCUAUCCGACAACCAGCAUGGAUAUGCUCGCUCGCGUCCAGGGCCGCCAGGAAAGCGUCACCAACUCUGACGCCAUCGCUAGUUCAGCGCCGUCAAACUCUUGUACGUCUAUUUCGCUUUGGUCUCAACGCGCCGCGCUCAAGUAUGAAUCACAGCUACUACCGCGUGUCCAUGUGGCUAUACUCGCGGGCGCUCCGUCGCGCCUCGUUUUUCAUGGCCAACUCUACUCGGAUAAAGAACCAUAUCGACAACAUCCUGAAGCUUGA